CACGCCCGGCGACGGCUCAUGCCCCCAAUUGAAGUAUUCGCUAUAAAAUUUUGAUGUUAUUUCCAUAAAAAUGGACUCCAGGAAACUAACAGAAAUUUUGCGUGCCACCAUCGAUCCCAAUCAAAGGCAGCAAGCUGAAGAACAACUGUCACAGAUACACAAAAUAAUUGGAUUUGCACCAUCGCUGCUACAAGUUGUUAUGCUCAAUGAAGUCCAAAUACCUGUUCGUCAAGCUGGUGUAGUAUACCUCAAGAACUUAAUCACAUCUGGAUGGCAGGAUAAGGAGCCUGAGGAAGGAGAGCCAAUACCUUUCAGCAUCCAUGAACAGGACCGUGCAAUGAUUAGAGAUAUUAUUGUCGAUGCUAUUGUACAGGCACCAGAUAUAAUCAGAGUUCAGUUGUGUGUUUGUUUAAAAACUAUUAUCAAACAUGAUUUCCCUACACGCUGGACUCAGAUUGUCGACAAAAUUCACAUAUACUUGCAAAAUCCUGAGCCCAAUAUAUGGAUGGGGGCAUUGUUGUGUCUUUACCAGCUUAUCAAGAAUUAUGAAUACCAAUUGGCUGAUAAGAGAGUACCAUUAAUAGAGGCUAUGAAUUUAUUAUUACCGAUGAUGUACAAUUUGAUUGUGAAUCUCCAGGCUGACCAUUCAGCUGAAUCUGUCCUUAUCCAGAAGCAAAUACUCAAAUGCUUUUAUAGUUUAAUUAAGUACAUUUUACCACUAGACUUGAUAACAAAGGAGGUAUUUACCAAAUGGAUGGAGGUUUUGAGAUUAGUUUUGGAGCGACCUGUACCUGAUCACACUUUACAAGUGGAUGAAGAUGAGCGUAUGGAGCUUCCGUGGUGGAAAUGCAAGAAGUGGGCUGCACAUACUCUGUUCAGAGUUUUUGAAAGAUUUGGAAGUCCUGUGAACACUCGUGAUGAAUAUGUGCAAUUUGCUGAAUGGUACCUUACUACAUUCACACGUGGUAUCCUGGAGGUACUACUCAGAAUACUUGAUCAAUACAGACUGAAAGUAUAUGUGUCGCCACGAGUUCUGCAACUAACACUCACCUACAUUGACCAGUGUGUAAGUCACGCACACUCUUGGAAGUUAUUAAAGCCUCAUAUGUUUGCCAUCAUCCAAGAUGUACUGUUUCCUCUGAUGUCAUACUCUGAAGCAGAUGAGGAAUUGUAUAACACCGACCCUCAUGAAUUCAUUCGCAUAAAGUUUGAUAUUUUUGAAGACUUUGUAUCGCCCGUUACGGCGGCCCAAACACUUCUCAUAUCCUGCUGUAAGAAGCGAAGAGACAUGAUGGAACGCACUAUGCAUCUUUGCAUGCAAGUGUUGAGUAACCAGACUGGGGAGUACGGACCUCGACAGCGCGAUGGUGCCCUGCACAUGGUCGGCACUCUCAAUGAAAUUGUUAUGAAGAAGAAAUGCUACAAAGAUGAGAUUGACUCGCUUUUGAGUCAGUAUGUGUUCCCAGAAUUCCAGAGUCCUCUGGGCUACAUGAGGGCGAGAGCUUGCUGGGUGCUCCAUUGCUUCGCGUCUGUACAAUUCAAGAGCGAACCUCUUCUUCUGGAAGCUGUUCGUUUGACAGUGAAUGCUCUGCUCAACGACAAUGACCUUCCUGUCAAAGUGGAAGCUGCUAUUGCCCUCCAGAUGCUGUUGACAUCACAAGAAAAGGUUUACGAAUACCUUGAGCCACAAGUGAAACAGGUCACGUCUGAGCUCCUCAAGGUGAUCCGUGAAACGGAAAACGACAAUAUAGCCAAUGUGCUCCAAAAAAUUGUUCCACUGUACACGGAGCAAUUGAUGCCGAUGGCUUUUGAGAUUAUUGAUCAUUUGGCGACUACAUUCAGUAAAGUAAUUGAGACAGAUUCGGGCACUGACGAGAAAGCGAUUACCGCUAUGGGUCUCUUGAACACUAUGGAGACAGUUCUGAAUGUAAUGGAGGACAACCCUGAAAUUAUGGCGCAACUGGAGCAGGCAGUCUUGCGUGUUGUUGGACACAUUCUACAUCACAAUAUCAUCGAGUAUUACGAAGAAGCGAUGACGCUCCUGUGUAAUUUGACCUCGAAGUCAAUAUCAGAAGACAUGUGGAAGGUCCUGGAGCUUUUGUAUCAGAUUUUCGAGAAGGAAGGCUUUGACUAUUUCCCUGAUAUGAUGCCGGUGCUGCAUAACUACAUAACUGUGGACACAAACGCUUUCCUAUCAAAUGAGAAUCACAUACUUGCUGUUUUCAACAUGGCUAAAGCUGUGCUGAAUUCUGACGCGGAAGACGAAUCGGAGAUGAUAGCUGCAAAGCUUCUAGAAGUUAUGGUGCUGCAGUGCUCUGGCAAGAUCAACAACUGUUUGCCUUCGUUUGUGGAGCUCGUGCUCAACCGGCUCACAAGGAAAGUGAAGACCUCAGAACUCAGGACUAUGUUGCUGCAGGUUUUGAUAGCGAUCCUGUACUGCAACCCGCACCUCCUGUUCACAAUUCUGGCUAAGCUGCAGGAGGCGGUGCCUAACGCUUCCAUCACACAACACUUCAUCAAGCAAUGGAUACACGACACAGAUUGCUUUAUGGGGUUACACGAUAGGAAACUGUGCGUGCUCGGCAUAUGCACGCUUCUAGAGAUGGGGCCCCAGCGGCCUAACUUGGAGGAGGUAGUACCUAAACUAUUGCCCUCCUGCUUGGUGCUAUUCGACGGAUUGAAACGCGCAUACGAGGCGAGAGCGGAAGGAGACGAUGACUCUUCCUCUGAUGAAGACGACGAAGAGGACGGUGAAGAGAUCCUGUCCAGUGACGAGGACGAUUUAGAGGACGCCAAUAGCGACUACUUGGAGCACCUCGCGCGUAUGGCGACCAAAUCGAGCGCCGCGCAGGGCGUCAAUAUGACUGCCAAAAUAGAAGACUACGAGAGCGACGAUCCAGAUGACGAAGAUUACGAGCCUGAUGAGACCGCGAUAGAGUGCUACACCACGCCCCUCGACGACAAAGACUGUCCCGUCGACGAGUACAUCAAGUUCAAGAACACAUUGUCGGGUCUGUCGACGAGCGAGCCUGCCUUGUAUCACGCGCUGACGAGCGUCCUCAACGCCGAACAGCAGCAGCAGCUGAAGGCGGUGUUCGUGCUUGCCGACCAACGCAAGGCGCAAAAGGACAGCAAACGCAUCGAACAGAGCGGAGGUUACGCGUUCACAGUACCGGCGCAAGUCCCGACCAAAUUCAAGUUCGGCUCGUAAACAAUUACAAGUAUAUAUAACACACUAUUUAUCAUUUCACAUUCUUCGGGACACCGUUCCGCUGUCAAUCGAUAUUUCACAGAGUCGAUCAUCAGUCGCCAAAUCGACGAGUCUUUAACUACAUAUCAAAUACGGACUCCGUUCGCUCGUCACAAAUAAACGAGACAUAACAAUCAUCCCAAUGAAAAACUUAUCGAUUAAAUUGAUUCAAAAGCUAUUGUUCCUAUAGUUGGUUAUUUUAUUGUAAUGUUAUGAUAAUGUUAAGUUUGAACGUUUUUUGAAAUCUUAAAGGAAACAAGUUAGCUUAUAGCGGAACAGUGGUCCCGACUUGCCCCUCCCUGUUCAGAGACUCGGGUUGUGAAAUGACAAAAGAGCAACUAUGACGCAGCUAGUGUUGUGCUGUCCUGAGAAUUUGCAAUGUUUUUAGCGAUAUUUUUUUAUAUUCGCGAUAAAAUUGUAAAUGUGCAAUGAGCAUGUGAUUUGGAAUUUUGUGUAUUCACAGCGGCACAUCACUGGACACAGCAUAACUUUAGAGUUUGAAAACAUUUCCAAUCUUCUAUGGAUAUGGGGGCUGAUGUGCAUAUCCUUGCGAACAUGUACCAAGCCGUAAGGCAAUGCCCAUCGAGGCAACAUCGUCAUCCUUCGUGUCCUGUCAAACAUUAUCUUUGAACUAAAUUCAAAGUGAAUGUAAGCGUUGCAUCAAUGUUUUCUUGCGGUGGAUUCGCGGUAUUUUAGUUUCUGUUGGGUUGUGUUUAAACUUAAAUACAGUCUAGGCUGUAAUUAUUCAGAAGUCGAUGCCAUUGCUUCGGUUCUAUAAUGCCCUGACUACGGCCUUGUCUUAUACGAUUGCGAUUUAAUCACUAGAACUAUCUGACUUAAUCCUGCAUAUUGUAAAGCCACCACAAAAAGGUGUAACCUGCAAAAAAAAUACUUAGAAAAACUUAUCAUCAAGCAUAAUAAAUUAUUCGUGUACCUUCUAACCUAGUUAUCUAACUAAAUUCAUAGUUAUAUUUAUAACACCUUGUCCUGAAUGGAUGGAUAACUUUCGGAAACUUAAUGUUGAACACCAAUCUCACGCUUGGUGAACGAACAUCGACUAUAUAACUGAAUACACGCAAUCGACUGUAAUAAGAUUUGUCUUUUAAUGUAAACUGUCGAACUAAGGAACCCGUUGUUUGAAGUGGGUACACAUAUUGCUAAUUUUACAUAAAGUUCAUAACUGAGAUCGUUAGAAAUUGGUCUUAUUUUUACCAAGCACAAUAUGAAUCAGUAAAAAAUAAUGCUUUAUUUAUUGAAGGUGUCAUAUUAUUAUCUCAUUACAUUUUUAUUUAUUUACAAACAAUUACAAAUACUUA